GCGUUGAACGCAUUUUUUUCAGUUCUAUUUUAGUCCUUCAUAUUUCUAGUCGUCUAGCGUCUACCGUAGAAGAUGACCGGAAAUAGGGUACUGAUUAUUUUAUUCAAUUGCAUCCUUCUAAUUGACGCUCAAUCAAGCAAAUUAAAAAUAAAAGACAAAAUAUUCAAUAAUUACAACUCAUCGAUUGCCCCUGAAUCAGCGCAAAAUCGACCUGCUGGGCUGGAACUGGAAUUGCAAGUCAAAAGUUUUUAUGUCGAAAGGGGAUACUAUGCAUCAGAUGGUGAAAUCAUGAAAAUUAAAGGACUGUUUCUAAUGACGUGGACAGAUGAACGACUCCAGUGGGAACCAUCAGCUUUUUCAGCAGAAGACAAAAUAUUUAUCAAGAAAAAAGACCUCUGGAAUCCCACUUUUAACAUGGAAAGAACCUUUGACGAAUCCGAAAUCAAAUGUACGGAUAAUGGUUGCAUCUUGCGCAGCAACGGUAAAGUGACAUGUAAUUCGUUUUGCACACUUCCAAGUGCCUGCGUUGACAACUUACAGCGGUGGCCCUACGGAACAGUAUCUUGUACACUGCAACUGGGAGUCUGGAAUCAAAUUAAUGAUGAUAUCUCUAUUUCCGGAUUCAGUACAUCGGUAAUUUCGGACUUAAAAGCACUCAAUAAAAACUGGCAUUUGUUAUCAAUCUCUCACGAGCUAACGGAAAGUACAACUCCACUGCACGACAAAACGUUAACAGUGAUCCUGGUGUCGUUCGUUAUAGAGCGAAUAUCAACGUUCUAUGCGAUUUCCAUAGUUGUUCCAGCUUUGGUUAUGCUCUGUUGUAAUUUGGCUUCGCUUUGGGUACCUAUAAACAGCAACGCUCGCUACAUUAUACUGUUAGUUAUCCUACACUCACAUUUUACAUUCAUACAACAGCUAUCCUGGAAAUUGCCAACGUACGGAGAAUCUACGCCGAUGUUGUUAAACUAUUAUCGCGAUUCCAUGUUGUUGACUGCUUUUUUGAUCAUCUUUAUUACCAUCACUGGAAGAUUAGCACUUAGACAAACCCAAACUUCACAGUGGAUUGAAAUUACGAUAAGAACAACCCAAUCGCUAUCUUUGGUUUCGAUGGCCUUACCGUCAAUAGGUGAUCACCAGUUUGAUGCAUACAUAGAAACAACUGCAGAUGACACAAAUUUGGUGCAAAAUGAUGCAACUGAUAAGCCAUCCCAGCACAACAAACAAUGGAAACGGUUUGCUUUGAUUGUGGAACGAAUCGGUUUUUACCUGUUGGCUGUCGUCUAUGCGAUGAUGCUAAUUUGUUUCAUCCCAGUUGGCAAUGAUAGACCGGAUAACAUCGUUGCUCCUGUUGUAAAACCCUGGAAAUAGAUCA